GUCAUAACAAGUAAAUUAAUCCAAGAUGGCGGCAUCAGCAGUACAUUUUAUCUAAGGGUUAUGAUUUAGUCAUGUUAUGGGAACAUUGCUCUUAAGGCAUCGUUCAUCUUGUUAUCGAAUACUUAGCAACAAGAUAAACAAUUGUUCUUGCUAUGCAAUCAAAGACAAAUAUCGUGUUCCUGUUUUGGGAAAUUUUCCUGCAGUUAAUAUUGUGACGAGAGAACUCAAUAUUCACACUGUAGCAACCGUACAGAACAGAACAACGCGACUUCUGGAGCUUCUUGAAAGUGCAAAGAAUGAUAAAUCACGUUUGAUUCGACUGGAAGAACUAAACGAACAUUUUUUAAGGUACCCGUCAGCUAGGAGUCUUGCUCGUAGGUCUGGGGUGACAAAAAUCCUUCAACAUUGCUAUCAGUCUACUGAUAAACAGAUACAAGGCGAGGCUCGCAAGGGACUGGUGCUGUUGGGAUGGACGGAUCCCGUGAAAGGACCAGGAAUUAAGAUUCUGAGUAUCGACGGUGGAGGUUCCAGAGGAGUUGUUGCAAUUGAACUGUUGAAACGAAUCCAAGAAGAAGCAAAGAUGGAAAUUCAUAAAAUGUUUGAUUUGAUCUGUGGUUCAAGUACAGGAGCGAUUUUAGCAUUUCUCUUGGGCGUCAAGAAGAUCAGUCUUGACCAAUGUACACAAAUAUACCGCCAUCUUGCUCAAGAAAUCUUCUCCGUAAAUACUUUUAUUGGAACUGGAAAGUUGUUUUUGAAUCAUGCUUACUACGACACAGCAAAGUUCGAGAAUAUUCUUAGAGAUGCUCUAGGAGAGACACGGCUUAUCGACACAGCUGCAGAUAAAAGUACACCAAAGGUGCUCGCCAUAUCAACCCUUGUUAACCAAUCUACACUUCGUCCAUAUGUGUUUCGUAAUUAUCGUCAUCGUCACAACUCUCAGUCCCAUUAUCCCGGAAGUUGUACUCACAAAUUAUGGGAAGCUUUGCGCGCCUCUUCAGCUGCUCCUGGUUAUUUUGAGGAGUUCAAACUGGGUCGUGAUAUUCAUCAGGAUGGUGGUCUUCUCACUAACAGUCCUUGUGCCCUCGCUAUUCACGAAGCCAAAUUGAUCUGGCCAUGUUCACAAAUACAGUGUGUUAUAUCUUUGGGGACUGGGAUCUACCAUACGCCAUCACGAUAUACUAACUCGACAUUCAGUAGUUUGCGAGAAAAACUUCUUAAAGUUGUUGCCAGCGCAACGGACACUGAAGCUGUGCACACAAUCCUUGAAGAUUUACUUCCAAAAGACAUAUAUUUUCGUUUUAAUCCACCGAUAAAAACAGACGUACCUCUGGACGAGGCGGACGACGAAAAUCUUAAUAAAUUGAUAAACGACACUUCGCACUACCUCGAGAAGAAUGAAAAGAAGAUUGAGGCGAGUAUUCGCGCGAUUUCGCUUGAAAAAGGAAUGAUACAAACUUUAAAAGAGAAAUUUGAGGACAAGUAUUUACUAUCAGAGGUAACUUGAACUAGCGUUAAAAACAAUGAAACAUUGGAUAGUAUAUUUGUAACAAGUAUUAUUGAUAUUUCGUACGCUCCCCCCGUGCCAUUAAAUGCUUGCAUAAAUUCUUCCGGGGGGGGAUUCGUGUGAGUGUAGAAUUAACUCAAUUCAAGAUUUUGCUGGAAAGUGAUAUUUCGUAGGGACGAAUGGCAUUUUAGUAACGGUAGCAGGAACAAGUUUUUUAUGAACUUUUAGUUUCAAAA